AUGGCCCAUCGCUUGUUUUGUCGGCGGCGCCUCCUCUUGCUUGCCUCUGUUGCAGGCAUUGUAUCCGCACUCUCUGUGUUGGCAGACAAUGCCAAGGACCCUCUCGCCAUUUCGGUCAGUCCUCACGCGCACGAUGCGGACAUUCACCAUUGUGCACCGGUCCAACAGCUGAAUGUGAUCAAGCAUGAACUCGAGGCAGGCCAGUCGCCCGUCAUGCGACAGGUGUUCGCAUGGCUCUUUCCCUUCGGACCUGGCUGGAAUUCCGUUCUGGGGACGUUCUACAUUAGCUCCGUCCCCAAUUUCAUUCUGGCAUUUAUUCCUGCUCAGAUUAAUCCCAAUACAUUGAACACUAUGACCGCCUUCGCGACCGGCGGACUCCUUUCCGAUGUCUUCCUGCAUCUGGUGCCCCAUUCAUUCAUGGGCGAACACCAAGACGGCGGCGUCCACUUUGUCAUGGUCGAGGAGAAGCGUAAUAUUAUAAUUGGGCUAGGCAUCUUCGUUGGCUUCGCGUCUUUCUUCAUCAUGGAAAAGACCCUGCGCGUGUUGGGCGGUGGGGAAGACGGGGAUGCUGGGCACUCCCACAGUCAUGCUCACAGCGAGAAGCACGAGCCAGAGAACGUUCGUCAGGCGUCUGGUGUCGCGCUGACGUCUACGACGAACGAGCUAAGGUCUCGUGGCUCAGACCAGACCUCUUCGCCGAUUGCAGCUGGGUCGUUAGAUCACGAGACAGAAAAAGCUCCCAAGCAGUCGUCCAAAUUGUCGGCGUAUCUGAACCUUUUCGGCGAUUUUGUACACAAUAUUACAGAUGGCCUUGCGAUGGCCGCGUCAUUUUACUCUUCGCCGCUCAUAGGGGCAACAACCACUCUCGCUUGCUUUGCACACGAAAUCCCGCAUGAGAUUGCUGACUAUUCGAUCCUCGUGCGAAGUGGCUUCACAAAGAAGCAGGCCAUGCAGUCGCAAUUUAUCACAGCCAUUGUGAUUAGUGCAUUUUACGGCACAUUUAUCCGCGAGUUCUCACCCUCUUUAUCAUUCUCAACCCACUCGUCGUUUUUCCGUCGCCCUACAUUUAUGGGCAUCGGCAUUCACAAUCUCUCGGCGUCUGGCACAGAAGCAGAGGCCACGGAUCUCGUUGCAGCAAUCAGGCAGACGGCAGCUGGGAUCCUGGGGACGACUGUGCAGCUAGCGGAUCUUGUUAUCCCGUUUGUGGCGGGCGGGUUCAUGUAUAUCGGAGCAGUUGCGGUGCUACCAACACUACUGGAAGACAGCAAGAGUGGAAAGCAGGCACUCCGCGAGUUUGCGGCGAUGUUUUUCGGGGUGCUCUGCAUGUUUCUUGUCGCAUGGAACGAAUAG